AUGCCUGUAUUCUCUCUCAACGUCAAUGUUUCUUUAUCUGAUGAGAAGAAAACAUCCCUUUUGAAAGAGUUAUCUGACGUUAUCGGAAAACUACUCGCAAAGCCGGAAAAGUAUAUGUGCAUUCAUAUUAAUACCGAUCAGGCAAUUUCAUUCGCUGGGACUACGCAACCAGCUGGAUUCGCUGUUCUGAAAUCGAUCGGCGGUGUUGGAACCGCAAAACAGAACAAUGCGAUUUCCGAUAAAGUCUACCCGAUCAUCACCCAGCAUGUAGGAAUUCCAGGUGAUCGCCUUUACAUCGAAUUCGUCAGUCUUGGCGCAGCAGACAUCGCUUUCGAAGGUCACACAUUUGCUUGA